AUGGCGGUUUCUCGUGGUUGGUCUGUUCGGCAGUUGGACAUCCACAAUGCGUUUCUAAAUGGCACUCUAGCUGAAACGCUUUACUUGUUGGUCUAUGUCGAUGACAUCCUGGUCAUGGGCUCUGAUUUGGAUCGGGUGUCUGCUUUGGUUGCUAAGAUGGCUCAAAAGUUUAAUCGGUACAUGAAGGAUGUUUUCAAACGUGCUGCCAUGGUGGAUUGUAAGCCUGUGGCGACGCCGGUCUCGUUGACUCGAGUGGAAGCCUCCAUUUUUCCAUAUGCAGAUCCCACUCAGUAUCGGAGUUUGGCAGGUGCUCUUCAUUAUCUUACGGUUACUCGCCCGGACUUGUCUUAUGCAAUGAAUUUACUUUGUCAGCGAAUGCAUGCUCCGUCUACGUAUGAUUGGUGUUUGCUGAAGUGGGUUUUGCGAUAUGUUAAUGGCAUUCUGCAUUUUGGACUUCAUAUAUGGCGGUCUGUGUCUUUGGACAUCCAUGCUUUCUCGGAUUCGGAUUGGGCUAGCGAUCCUGUUGAUCGUAAGUCCACGAGCGAUUUUGCGGUGUACCUGGGCGAUAAUCUGGUUUCUUAG